AUGACGAUCUGUAUUUGUAACGCCCGGACGCUUGCAUCGGAUGCAGCCAUUGAAGAUCUGAUGAUGCAAGCCAGGAAGUUUAUGUACGACGUCAUCCGACUGACAGAGAGGAGACGAUGCCACCCACAGAACGCCGUCUAUGACACUGCAGAAGAACUGUUCUUAGGAAUAUGUGACAGUAGAAGAGUUGGUGGAGCCGGUGUCCUCGUCAACACGAGUAUGGCAAAGAAUAUAGACUUUUUCAAACAACAUACAACCCGACUCGGACGUCUGUUCAUUCCACUGUAG